CUUCCAUUCAGAGGGCGCAGACGCCCAGCCAAAAUAUGUAGCGCCCAGUAGCGAGCAGACCGUAUGGGCUCCACCGCGGGCGCGUCCACCAAAGUUUGCAGACGUCUUAUAUGACUUGUUGGCCACCAUUUCCACCCACUUUCGGGUUAACGCACCCGGUGGAGCCAUCAGUGUCAAGGCUGAAGUGGCCCUAUGUCUGACUUCCCCAGCUAAAAUGCAAAUCUUGGGCAUUCAAAUGGACCGGGCAAAUGACACCCAACGAUGGCGGAAACUUGUAGAGAACGUUUUGGGACCUAGCCAAGUCGUUUUGACCUUGUGGGCAGUUUGGAUAUGAUAAUUCCGCCCGCUUACAAUUCUGCUCGCGCCGACAUUUUGGCUGGCGUCUGCGCCCUCUGCUUCCAUUGCCAAGUUCCAUGGGAGCAAAACCUUCGCUCCCUCAAUCAAGAACAGGACGGCCCCAGCUUCGUCUGAGUUAGCCAAGACAAUUGUGCAGGGAUUGGAUUGGAGAGCAGGGUGCGUUGUCAACAAGCCUUUUGCAGUGUUACAUAUUUGAAUAGUCGGCAUGAGCCAAGCCGGGGCCCCCCGAGGCGGUCCGCUGAAAAAGUCUGUCGACGAGGAUGAAGCGCUCAUCUUUGAAACGACCCCUGGGGUGGACGUCGUCCCCACCUUCGAUUCGAUGGGGCUCAAAGACGAGCUCCUGAGAGGGGUGUACAAUUACGGGUUUGAGAAGCCGUCGGCAAUUCAGCAGCGAGCGAUCGUGCCAAUUGUGAAGGAGAGGGAUGUAAUUGCUCAGGCCCAGUCAGGGACGGGGAAGACGUCGCUCAUCUCAAUGGCCGUGUGCCAGAUCGUUGACACAAAGUUGCGAGAGGUCCAGGCUUUGAUCAUGUCGCCCACGCGCGAGCUGGCGACGCAGACGCAGAAGGUGAUUCUGGCCAUGGGGGACCAUCUGAACAUCCAAGCGCACGCGUGCAUCGGGGGAACUAGUCUGGGGGAGGAUAUCCGGAAGCUGGAGUACGGGGUGCACGUGGUGUCGGGGACGCCGGGGCGCGUGUACGACAUGAUCAAGAGGCAAACGCUGCGCACGCGGGCCAUCAAAAUCCUUAUCCUGGACGAGGCCGAUGAGAUGCUCAGCAGAGGGUUCAAGGACCAGAUCUACGAUGUGUACAGAUACCUACCACCAGAGUUGCAGGUGGUGCUGGUGAGCGCAACGAUGCCGCACGACGUGCUGGAGAUGACGAGCAAGUUCAUGACGGACCCGGUGCGCAUCAUGGUGAAGCGCGACGAGCUGACGCUGGAGGGCAUCAAGCAGUUCUUUGUGGCCGUCGAGCGCGAGGAGUGGAAGUUCGACACGCUGUGCGACCUGUACGACACGCUCACCAUCACGCAGGCCGUCAUCUUUGUCAACACCAAGCGGAAGGUGGACUGGCUGACUGAGAAGAUGCGCGGCAACAACUUCACCGUCUCCAGCAUGCACGGCGACAUGCCCCAGAAGGAGCGCGACGCGAUCAUGAACGAGUUCCGGGGGGGGUCCACCCGCGUGCUCAUCACCACCGACGUCUGGGCCCGUGGACUCGACGUGCAACAGGUGUCACUGGUCAUUAAUUACGACCUGCCAAACAACCGUGAGCUGUAUAUCCAUAGGAUCGGGCGGUCAGGGCGGUUUGGGCGAAAGGGUGUGGCAAUCAACUUUGUGCGCAGUGACGACAUUAGAAUUCUCCGGGACAUAGAGCAGUACUAUAGUACACAAAUAGAUGAGAUGCCGAUGAAUGUUGCUGACUUGAUAUGAUCGCCCUGCUUGAUUACCUACGUGUUUUCUUUCCUGUCCUUGCCAGAGGUUGUAAAUUGCUCGUCUCUACAUGAAGAGGAUUACAAGGAUCUUGUGAUGGACGUUUGAAUUGGCUUCGCAUCGAAUGGCAGUUCAGCAGCUUUGCAUUGAACACCUAUUUGGGUAGGUGUGCAAUACUGAAGUUACACUGUGGAUUGGUUAGCUUCUCUACCUAAUGUGGGAAGUCAAUGAUUGGUCGCCCGGCAUCGCAUUUGGACUCCGACAUUUCGUGAAAAUAUGAUGGAUUGCAU